AUGCUUGCCCGGGAAGUCAACAGACAUGCAUCCUCAGCAUCUAGUGAGAAGAAGCAAUCUCCUUUGCAGUUCAGUUCAUCCGCGGUCAAUGCUCCCCGAGAUUCCUCGUCGGGUUCUUUGAAGAGGAAGCUGGAUCGGUCCAUGAGCACUUCCAGCAACCUGGGCUCUCUUCACCAGCAACAGUGGUCCGACGAAAACGCUCCUCCCAGCUUCAUUGACCUGACGGAAAAUGUCGAAGCACAGUCCGACGUCCAAUACCCUGAUAUGCAUUCGAUAGACCCCCUGACUUAUCCUUCAUUGCCGCCAGUCCCAAAGGGCUCUCCAACUGCACCUGCGAGUAGCGCCGAAGUCCCAUGGUCGUCAUCGCCAGCACAUCAUUAUGAAAACCCAGCCACACGGAAUCUGUCAGAAGAUGAGCCGGAGUCCCGGCCAGUGGGACCAAACAAGAAAAGAGCACUGCCCCGGUCGUUCACGUCUCAAGCACCAGCUGCAUUCAGCGAUGAAGGAAGCACGGCGCAGGGCGAGCAUUCCCACAAAUUUGAUAGAUUCAGUGCGCCAAAGCAAUUCGAGAAUGCGAGCAGCCGUGACAAAGCGUCCCUAGCCAUGUCGGACAUGUUACAGAAGUCAUCAUUCGCUCGUCAUCGAACAAAUGCGACAGUUUCAAGGUCCUCGUCUGAUCGCUCGGCUCUGACGGCGACAACCCCAGUACCGGCCGCAACACCGCCGAUAACGUUUGACAGAGUGUCGGAACCUUUCUUGAGUGAUGAGCAGAAGGCUGUGGUGAAGGCAGUCAUGGACGAAGGGAAGAGCGUCUUCUUUACUGGGUCUGCUGGUACAGGAAAAUCAGUUCUUAUGAGGGCGAUUAUUUCCAAGCUGAAGCACAAGUAUCGGAAGGACCCUGACCGGAUUGCAAUCACAGCUUCGACCGGCUUAGCUUCGUGCAUACUGGAAGGCCAGACGCUCCACAGUUGGUCGGGAAUCGGGCUGGGAAAGGAGCCUGCGCCUGAACUCGUCAAAAAAAUCAAACGCAACCAGAAGUCGAGACAGAAAUGGCUGCGGACCAAGGUUCUCAUCAUUGACGAAGUAUCCAUGGUCGACGGUCUGCUUUUCGACAAGCUCGAGCAAGUGGCGCGUACUAUUCGAAACAACGGCCGUCCAUUCGGUGGUAUUCAGUUGGUUGUUACUGGAGACUUUUUCCAACUACCCCCUGUACCUGACAAAAAUACUUCAGCCAAAUUUGUCUUUGAGGCAGUAACGUGGAACACCUGCAUCCAACAUACCAUCCUGUUGACCCAUGUAUUCCGCCAGAAGGACGAAAAGUUUGCCAAAAUGCUCAACGAAAUGCGUCUGGGCAAGAUGAGUCCUGCCACUAUCCGAGAAUUCAAAUCACUUUCGAGGCCCUUGGAUUUUCGCGAUGAGCUUGAGGCAACUGAACUGUAUCCUCGCCGUGAGGAAGUCGAAAAUGCCAAUCAGAAUCGAAUGCGAAAGCUGUCCGGUCAAGUCAUGACUUUCACAGCCGUAGAUACAGGCACGGCUGAACUUAACACGCGAAAGGCGUUGCUGAACAACUUUAUUGCCCCUGAGGUAUUGGAGUUGAAGAAGGGUGCGCAAGUCAUGUUGAUCAAGAAUAUUGAUGGCCAACUCGUCAAUGGAUCCCUUGGAAUCGUCCAGUCGUUCAUGGAUGAAGGCACAUUCUUCACCUACAAGGAUGACGAACCGACAUUCCUCCUAGCACACGAGGCCGAUGACGGACACGAUGAGGGUGAGAUAAAGGCAGCACGUGAGAAGAUCCGGGAGGCUCGGCUGAAGAACUCGACCACGGGCGGCGAGCCUAGGAGGCUGUGGCCCAUGGUGAGAUUCAAUCUACCUGAUGGGACAUCAAGGAGUAUGCUCUGCUGUCCGGACGAGUGGAAGACCGAAGCGCAGAACGGCGAAGUCCUUGCAAAACGAGUUCAAGUACCUCUAAUUCUAGCAUGGGCAUUGUCGAUUCACAAAGCACAGGGCCAGACGCUUAGCCGAGUCAAGGUGGAUCUCGGCAAAGUUUUUGAGAAAGGCCAAGCCUAUGUCGCAUUGAGUCGAGCAAGAACAAAGGAAGGCUUACAGGUGCUUCGGUUCGAUGAGCGGAAAGUUAUGGUCCAUCAGAAGGUGUUACAUUUCUAUUCCAAGCUGUCUGGCCAUGAGACGUUGGAGAAGAAGGAAGUCAAGAAAGAUGUGAUCGACGAAGAUGACUUUGGUGACGACUUUACCUUCGAAGAGAUGCUCGAAGCUGAGAAGCAGAUGUUGAGGGCCGGUGCCUUGUAG